AUGAGCGGGGGAACGGGGUGGAAGAGUGAGCGCAGUGAUGAGCUGCGCGUGCUGCAGGAAGCACGAACAGAUGCUGCUUUCGACUUCUCUCUUUUCCAAGCCACCACUAUACACAAACACCCACAGAUACACGGACAUACACACACGCACACACCAGCCGACAGACCUCUAAAUUGA